UCGAGACAAACAUGGCGGAAACAAAAGAGCAGGCACCGCUAAUAGGAGAAUAUUUGCCCAAGGAAAGAAAAACGUUCACCCCCGAGGAAGAGGCCAGGCUAGAAAGGCAACAUUUUUGGAGAAUAAUCGACGCCUUUAGAUUUUACAGGGGCCAUGUGCAAGAGCAUGUCAGUCGAGCCGAGCGUCACUUUCUGAGUCUCCCUGAGCGCCACCAGAAUUUGCUGCCGUCUGUACUUCCACACCUGGUCCACAUCCGUCAGUGCGCAGACCACAACCAUGAAGUCCUGCAGGCCAUCGUCGAGCACAGCAUUCACAUGUUUGAGAACAUUGAGUACGGGGAGAGGGAGGAUCCGAGGAAAGUGCGCUCCUCCUCGACAUUUGACAUGGACAAGCUCAAGUCCACCAUUAAGCAGUUUGUCAGAGACUGGAGCGAGGCGGGUCAGGGUGAGCGGGACUCCUGCUAUCAGCCCAUCAUCCGGGAGAUCCAAAGGCACUUCCCAAGUGACCAAUAUGAUGUGUCUAAGGUCAGCGUGCUGGUCCCGGGGGCUGGACUCGGUCGUCUUGCUUGGGAAAUUGCUCGUCUCGGUUAUAUUUGCCAGGGCAACGAAUGGAGCUUCUUCAUGCUUUUCUCUUCCAACUUUGUUCUUAAUAGGUGUGAAAAGGUGAAUUGUCUGACACUGUACCCCUGGAUUCACCAGUUUAGCAACAAUAAGAAGUCUUCCGAUCAGACGCGGUCUAUCAGAUUUCCUGAUGUCAAUCCUCAGAGUUUACCACAAGAUUCAGACUUCUCCAUGGUAGCAGGAGACUUCCUCGAAGUCUACUCUGAUGCAGAUUCUUGGGACUGUGUGGCUACUUGCUUCUUUAUCGACACGGCUCAUAACGUCAUACAGUAUGUUGAGACCAUCUGGAAGAUUCUUAAGCCUGGAGGAGUGUGGAUCAAUCUAGGUCCGCUGUUGUACCAUUUUGAGAACAUGGCCAAUGAACUGUCAGUUGAACUCAGCUACGAAGACAUCAGGGCAGCGAUGGUGAAAUUAGGCUUCCACAUUGUGUUGGAGAACGAGUCUCUACAUACCACCUACACGGAGAACGAGCGCUCAAUGUUAAAAUACAUUUACGACUGCGUCCUCUUUGUGGCACGGAAACCUCAAAAUAUGUACUCUAACUGUCAAAAAGAGAAUGACCAGCAGAGUUCACCGCCCGCUGCCAAAUCGCCACGACAAGACAACUCGGAGUGUCGUACGUGAGUGGAAUUUUUUUUUAACCAAGGACCGUAAACUUCAAUUCAUAUGAACAAAUGGAUCACCAACAAUGGAUGGCAACUGAACAAAAAAACAAGAACACAGCUGUCUUUUGUGUUACAUUCCGUUUGUAAGCCACCAAAAUGUGAUCUACUUUGGAGGGAGGCGCACUAAGAAUUAACUGAGUAUAAUCGCAAAUGUUUAAGGGUCAUUUCAAAUUUAAGGCAAACAGUGUUGUUGUUAUCAUGACAGUGACCAGGACUGAAGGUACAGUACAAUAAGAAGCAGUUUCUCAUACAAGUGUGCCACCUUGUGGUAAAAAUUGGGUUUGGAAACAGGUUUCUGCUUAAUGCAGAUCAUUUUUCUAAUGUUAUUAAUUACUUGGAAUAACUUUGCAGAAAGUAGUGGAUAUAAAAGGUCUUUACAGCCCUGUUCAAAUGCCAGGUUUUGUGAAACGACAAAAUGAGACCAAGCAAAAUCCUUUCACAACUUUUUCCUCCAUUAAUGUGAUCUAAAACGUGUGCAACAAAAUGUUAACACAUCCACAUUCCAAGUUAUCAGAGGCUGUGCACACCACCUCUUUUGUUGUUUGCUUUUGACUUCCUUUCUCGAAAAGAUUUCUUUUUUUUUUUUUUUUUCCCCCCAAUUGUGUUGUACUGGUUAAAGGCGGAAACAAGUUUUGAAAUGAUUUAUCUUGGUCUCAUUCUUCUCUACGUCACAAAAACGUGGCAUGUACAGGGUUAUGUAGACUUAUAUACACACACCGUAUCACUGCAGUAUGAUGUUAUUAACAUAAUUACUAUCAAAAUUUAUGGAGGAAGUAAAAAAAGGCCAAAGGUGAAAAACAAAACGGAAUCAACUUUUAAGAUGUGCUGUUAAAAAUGGUCAAAACUAAAAUGCUGAAGUGGCUCUGAGAGGUAAACUAUGCAGAGCUUUCUUGUGUGUUCACGAUCUUGGUGAACCUAAAUACUGUCGUCGCCAUCCCUUGAUAACGACAUCACUGCUGACGAACGCUACCAGAGAAUGUAUGUGUGAUUGGAAAAUACAACGCAGAGUUCUGAGGUUCCGGUGUCCACUCUGGCCUCUAGCCUUCCUGCGUGUUCCUGUGCUAAUAUAAACUGAAGACUCUAAAUUGUCCGUCGUCGUAAACGUGAGUGUUAGUGGUUGUUUGGCUUUGAGCCCUGCGAUUCGCUGGCGAGUAGUCCAGGUUCGUUGUAGUUGUCCAAGUCAACUGGGAUUGCCUCCAGUUCACCCACGUCCCCCAACCAGGGCAGGCGCCAUAGAAAACGGGUGGGUAUUUGCUACAUUUCGAAUGCAACGGAACAAUAGUGGCCUCUUUGCAUGGAUCGUUGAUGAAAAUGUUGUCAAAGCUUGCUGCAGCUUUGCCAGAAUUUGUGUGCGUGUGGGUGUGUGCGUGUUUUGUACUUGAAUAAAGCAAAAAAUGUUUUAUAUACAAUCGACCUUGAAU